AUGCCGCAAAAGUCUCUUAAACCAAAGACUAUCAAGCCCUUAAUCAAACGGCAAAAUCGUCCGGCUCAACCUAAGCCUGGUAACCAUUCCAAGUCACUAGCUGAAAGGUUGGUCCGAAAGGGUAAGAAAGUAAUCGGCAUCGACCUUAUUGAAGGUAAGCUGGCCGGGGCAGUGAUGAGCAAUAACCAAGAUGUGAAGUUCGUUACGCCCAAGGAACAACAUCAUAAGAAGGCCAAGAAGUAG